AUGAACGUCCUCUGCCCCUGCGGCGGGCGCACGCCCUGCAUCCAGCGCUUCUGCGACAGCAUCCCGCUCGUCCAGGCGCGCACGGACGACGUGCUCGCCGUCGCGGACUGCAUCGAGGAGGUGCGUCAGGCCGAGCCGGCCGAACUCGCGGAGCUCACGGCGCAGUGGAAGAUGCUCGUGCGCGCGAAGUUCCGCAAGGCCGUCGCGGCGCUGAACGAGCCGGGCGCCGCGUUGCCUGGCGCCGCGCCGGCCGCGGCGCCGGCCGCGCCCGCGCCCGCCGCCGCCGCGCCGCCACCGCCGCCGGAUCCGAGUGGGGAGGACGACGACAACGACGACGACGACGACGAGGCGCCGCCGCCGCCGACCGGCGGCGCGCCGCCGCCGCCGCCGGAGCCGAGCGACGACGACGACGAUGAUGACGACGACGACGAAGCUCCCGAGUCGGACUCGGGCGACGAGCGGCCCGUCGUCAUCGAGAUGCGCAGCGUCGGCGACACGGCGUGGCGCGGCUUCGCUAUGCAAAACGACGCGGCGAAGGCGUUCGGCCUGACCCCGGCCGACGUCUCGAAGCUCGUGAACCAUCCCGACAAGUGCCCAGCGAGAUUGCGCCACCUCGAGGCGCGCAGGCCCGUCGACUCCGACGGUGAGGAAGUCCCGGCGCCGAGUCGGAGUCAAGCCUGCGAGAUCCGCCGCGUCGGCGACAAGAAGUGGCGGCGCUUUGCCUCUCGGGUGGACGCGGCGAGGGCGUACACGGGCAUGACCGACGGUUACAUCAGCCGGCUCAUCGCCAAUAAUCCGGACAGGCUGGCCCCGCAACACAUCCGCGACAAGUACGAGGCCCGGGACGCCGUCGACGAGUCGGACUCGGAGUCGGACUCGGACUCGGGCUCAGAAGAAGCUCCAGCGCCGGCGGCCGACGACGCCGCGGCGGAAGCACCGGCCUACAAGGUCGGCGACCGCGUCAAGGCGCGCUACCGCGGCGCGUGGGGCGCCAUGUACGAGGGCACCAUCAAGGCCGUCAAGGCGGACGGCGACGGCUUCCUCUACGCCGUCGACUUCGACGACGGCGACCACGACGGGCGCGUGAAGCCGUGCCACAUCAAGGCGCUGCGCGACGCCGCGCCGAGGCCAGCGCCGGCGCCGGCGCCGGCGCCGCCGGCCGCCGACGAGGACUCCGACUCUGACACCGAGCCGUCGCCGACGCCGGAGCGCCGGCCGGCGAAGCGGCGGCGCUCCGACGCGAAGCCGGCGGUGCCCGCGCUCGUCGUCCGGGACAGGAAGGGCCAGGUGGCGAACCACGGCACGCUGGCCGGCUUGAUCGCCGCGGGCCUCAUCGCGCCGGGCCCCAUCAUCGUUGAGUGGCACCGGUCGCUGCCGGACCACCAUCGCGCCGAGGGCACGCUCCUCGAGGACGGCCGGCUCCAGUACAAGGGCAAGACCUACGACUCGCCGGCCGCCUUCACGAAGGCGACCGGCGUCACGUCGAAGCACAACGCCUACCACGUGCUCUACCUGCCCGACGGCACGCCCAUCCAGUCGUUCCGCGGCGGCGCGAACAAGGGGCCCGUGCCGCUGGGCCAGGCUGUCCAGCCGAAGAAGGCGCCCCAGAAGCGCGCGCGCGCGCCGUCCGCCUCGUCGUCGUCUUCCGACGAGGACGUCGCGCCGGCGCCGAAGCGCGCCCGCAAGCCGCGCGCGCGGCCGCCGCCGCCGGACCCUUGGGCGCCGCCGGAGCCGGCCGAGGUCCGCGCGCGCCUCGGCCUGCCCGAAGUUGAGGACCAGGCGGCCACGGCCGAAGCCAAACGCCUCUUCGAGCGCCUCGGCGCGUGCACGGAGGUGACGCGCGACGUCGGCGACGCGCGCCAGAGCGACGCCGCGGGCCGCGGCGUGCUCUUCACCAAGCGAUUAAAGAAGGGCACGGUGCUCAAGGACCCGGGCGUCGCUCACAAGGUCGGAGACGGCUACAAGCGCUUGGGCGCCUUCGACUACGUCUACAUCGGAGGUGACGGCUACAUGGUGCUUCGAGACGAAGAAAAUAGAGUGGCGACGCGCACCUUCUUCGUCAACGAAGCUAGAGGUGCCAAGCAGCCCACGGUCGCCUGGCGCGCCUUACGGGGCCGCGAGGCCACGUGCGGACAAGCCGUGUUGUGGGGCUGGGAGCUCGUGCGGGACGUCAAGCCCGGCGACGAGGUCCUGACGACCUACGAGGAGGACGCGUCCGGCAUGCCCGAGACCCGGCCCGACGAGCGCUCGGGCACGGCCGACGCUUUGGCUUCGAUCGGCGGCGUGCCGCGGAAUUUGCAGGGCUGCGGCUACCUCGUGGCCACGGCGCCGCGGCGCGCGGGCGCCGUCGACCGUUCGACGGGCGUCGAGGACCGCCACCUGCAGAUUGCCGUCAGGGAGUCGCUGAGGGACGCGAAGGCCGCGAAACUGCGCGUUCCGGGCUGCCCGUGCCGCGACCUCGAAACGGGGCAGCGAUGCAAGUCGACGCUGGGCGGUGGCAGCUGGUACACGAUCACCUUCGGCGACGGCAAGACGGCGUCGCGGCGCGCGGAACAACUCGAGCCGCUCGAGGAGCCGUCGGCCGCCGAGCCCGCCGCGGCGCCCGCAGCAGCGCCGCCGACGCCCCCGCCGCCUGCGCCCGCGGCGGCGACGUCCCCGCCUCCCGCGGACGCGGCGGCGGCGCUCCCGCACUCCUCGGUCAGUAGCGACGAGGCCAUCGCGCUCGCGCUGCAGCGUGAGGACGCGGCGCUGGCCACCCCGGCGCCGGCCGCCGCGGCGCCAUCAACCCCCGUCGCCGAAGCGGCGCCGGCGCAGCCACCUAUCGCCACUGCUGCCGAGGAAGUGACCGCGCCGAUGGAGCUCGAACCCGCGGCGGCACCGGAGGGAGCGCCGGAGCUCGCCGAGUUGCAGGAGCUCCACGGCCCCCUCGGCGCCUGGUACGCGGCGUCCGGCCUCGCGCACGGCGAAUAUCCCGCGACGCCCGAGGGGCUCGCUGGUUGGCCGGCCUUUGGGGAGAUGACGGAGCGUUUCCUCGCCGCCGCGGCCACUGGCAUGUAAGAAAGACUGUGCUAC